AGAGCAUACAAAAGUAGCAGUUGUGAGACGGAAAUGUGGAGGCCAUUUGUAGGUAGACUAGGUGCUGAGGUGGCAACCCUAUGGUAGACAUAGGUUUUCUAAUGGCUUUAUGUAAAUAACGUUAGCGGAAGUAUUUAACAUGGUAAAUUCAUUGGGGCCCAGAGAAUGCUGCGUUGCAAAUCUGUAACCAAUGUGUUCAACAGCAAAACUGCAGGUUGGGAGCACUAUCUAGUGGCCCAGUCGAUAUAGCCGUCCUCUCUGCUAUAUUUGAUAUCACUUUUUUAUUUAUUUAAAUGGCAAUAGAUCUCUUACGACAUUCAUGCACGGCAUCUAUAAUAGCCAGGACUUCUGGGGAGUAUUACAGGCAGGAAUACACAGCUAAGGACAUGGCUGAACAGAUGCAGUCUCUGGAACAGAUCUCUCACCGACGAAGGCCACCCCCACGUCCUCCACGUGGUCCCAAUGACAUCUAUGUAAACACAAAAACUGAUUUCCGAGCACAACUUGCACGUUGUCGUCGCCUUCUUGAAGCUGGAAAGCAUAGUGAGCUCAGGGUGCAUGGGUUGGGCCUUGCAAUUGGACGUGCCAUUAACUUGGCUUUGCAAUUGCAGGCUUCAGAACCUGGGGUACUCCAGAUCUCUGCUAGCACCUCAACUGUGGAACUGACUGAUGAUCUGGAGUCAGAGGGGGGAGAGGACAUGGAACCAGAGGCUCGGAGCCGGAAUAAUUCUGCAAUCCAUAUCCGUGUGUACCGGCCUCAAACAAAAUGAGGAAGAUAUGGAGCAUCCUCAUCUGGUGAUAUUGCAGAUCUGGCAUCAUCUGCAAAUUUACAAUACAUGCAGACUCUUCAUGUGCAGACUGUUUUAUUGAAGUUUUUUCACUAACGACAAGGGAUUUGUAAAUUGUUAAUCCAAAUUUAGUUCCCAUAUUUGGCCAUACAACCUUGUUAUUUGUUUACCAUGAUAAUAUAUAUAUAUAUAUAUAUAUAUAUAUAUAUAUAUAUAUAUAUAUAUAUAUAUAUAUAUAAUUAAAGAGUGUUUUGUUCUAGAUACUUAUACAAUGUGUAUGAAGUUGAUUUAGAGAAUUAUGAAAUUAAAUAGUGUCAUUGGAAUGGUGUGAGUGGAUUAAAAUAAAUUAAUACAAUGUAUUUGUCCUAAAAUACUUUGUUGUGAUUGUAUAAUGCUAGAAAAUAUAUGUAAGCUAUUUAAUAUCGCAUUAAAUUAUUUUUUUUUUGUUUCAUAUAAGGGGUGGUAAAAUAAAACGUUCUUGUACAGAAAA